AUUGGUUUAUCAAAAAAUUCGGUGGAGAAUUUCAAUGGACUUCUUCUCGGGAUCUUCUGAAUCCAGAAGAACACAAAACAAAGUACCAAUACCCUGUUUUCGAUGUUAUCCAUGAAGGAAAAAAACAACCAAAAAGGUCCAUCAAAAGGCCACAAAAAAGCAACCCACGGUUCCAAAACUUUAUGCACUUCACUUCACAACCCUCUCUCGAAUAUGUUGUCCAUUACAGAACGUAGAAGGAGCUUCAAAUACGGAGAUCAAAGCAACUCAGGAUCGGGAUCCAUUUAUGAAUACGAGGACUGCUUAAUUGGGCUCAUCGAUGAUUUAUCGUUGGUUUGUUGUGGGAAUUAUCUUGGGAAACAAAUGACGAUGAAGGAGGUGGUGAGAUCAUCGGUUGGGGUGAUGGGAGAGAGCCCUUUGGGGAUGACUGAAAAGGUUGUUUUGUUGAAGAGUCAAAUGUUUGCUCUGAAGAGGUUUAGGAAGACGAUUGUUCACAGAACCGAGUUCGGUAAAAGAGUUGAGAAAUUGGCUCAGGUUAGCAAAAAGUGUGAGUAUCUUGUGCCUAUCGCAGCUUAUUUGUAUACCAAGAGGAUCAAGUUUAUUCUCUAUGAUUACUAUCCCAUGGGAAGCCUCGCUGACCUUCUUGCUGGUGGAAGGAAGUACGGCCAUACAGCCUUGAAUUGGAAUCAACGUCUGAAGAUUAUUCUCGACGUUGCACGAGGAAUAGAGUUCAUACACAAACAGAAUCCAAAUGGAAGGAAGACGAAAAUGAACGUUCAUGGGAACAUAAAAUCCUCCAAUAUCAUGAUAAAUAUCGACCUCUCCGCCUGUUUAUCAGAUUACGGCUUCACCCAACUGGCGGAACGCGUUGAAGUUCCUGGCAAACGGCAAGUAAAGCCUCCUCAAGUGCCGGCUUACAACAUCUACUGUGAAGAAUUGUCUCAAAAAGGUGACAUAUUUAACUUUGGUGUAGUUAUAAUGGACAUACUAGCAGGGUCCAGGUUCCCAACUUUCAAGAGGCUCAUAGUAGAAAUGAAAGAAGAUAUUAAAGAAGGCAAAGUCGAUUUUUUUGAAUUUGAUCUUGACCCCAGAGAGAGGAUGCGAGCUUCGCAGAUUUUGGAUAUUGCAUUGGGAUGUAUAAGCCAGCCACCCGGGGGAAGGCCUUCAAUAGAACAAGUUCUACUCUUUAUUGGAGAUGUUAUAAUUAAGGAAACUUAAUUGCUUGAAUAAAUUUUAUUAUGUCGAGGGUCUUUAAUUUUCACUGUAAAAAAGCAUAUAUAGAUGCAAUUACUGAGGGAAUUUC